CCAAUUUUAAACACCUUAUCUUUCCCCCUCUACAAAACAAACCCAAAUCCACCACAUUAAAAAUAGUUGUAUCCUUGUAUAUAUCAAUGACGUAUCACACCAUUAUCCUCACCAAAAACAAACACUAGUUGCUACAAGUUUAUAUCAACCAGAUUCCUCUCAAGAUUCUAUCUUAAAUUCACAAAACUCUAAUCUCCAAAACCCACAACUCAAUUCACAAAACUUGCAACAACAACAAAUAUGCUACUAGAAGACAUAGUCAUAAUCAAGCAAACUGAUAACCCAGACGAACCGACUGUCAUCACAAUCAACUGUCCGGAUAAAACCGGCCUUGGUUGUGAUCUUUGUCGCACGAUCCUGUUCUUCGGUUUGAGCAUCGUUCGUGGCGAUGUGUCUACUGAUGGAAAGUGGUGUUAUAUUGUGUUUUGGGUGAUGGGGAAAAAGGGGACAAUAUGGAGUUUGUUGAAGAAAAGAUUGUUGGAAGCUUGUCCGUCGGUUUUGUCCGCGAAUACGCUCAUGUUAUUCCGGCCUGAAUCGCAGCCGCCUAAGCCGGCGGAUGUGUUUCUACUCAAGUUUUGUUGUCAUGAUCGCCACGGGCUUUUACACGAUGUGACUCAUCUUCUUUGUGAGCUUGAACUUGUAAUUCAAAGAGUGAAAGUUUCAACCACUCCUGAUGGGAUGGUGAUGGAUUUGUUUUUCGUCACCGAUACCAGGGAACUUUUGCAUACGCUGAAGCGAAAACAGGACACACAUGAUCAUUUAAAGGCGGUUUUUAUGGAUGCUAUGAUAAGUUGUGAUAUAGAAAUGGUUGGUCCUGAUUUCACAGCAUGUUCUAAUGGACCACCUUCUUUCGUUCCUCCCGCCAUAGCUGAACAAACGUUUAAUCUGGAGAUGUUUGACGAAAAUCAUGAAACCAAACAUGGGUCGGGCCGUUCUGUGUCAGUCACCGUUGAUAACUCCCUCAGUCCUGCUCAUACGCUUGUUCAGAUAGUUUGUCGUGAUCACAAAGGCUUGUUGUAUGAUAUAAUGAGAACAUUAAAGGAUUACAAUAUUCAGAUUUCAUAUGGGCGGUUCACAAGAAAAGAGAGAAAAACUUGCGAGUUUGAUUUGUUUAUCGUGCAAGCCGAUGGAAAGAAGAUUAUCGACCCAAGCAAACAAAGCUCACUAAUUUCCCGCAUUAAAAUGGAAAUAUCGCGCCCUUUUAGAGUAGCAUUGGUGAACCGCGGGCCAGACACCGAGUUGCUAGUUGCAAAUCCUGUGGAACUAUGUGGGCGGGGACGACCUCUUGUAUUUUACGAUAUUACCCUUGCUCUCAAGACGCUUAAUAUGGGCAUUUUUUCGGCUGAAAUUAGUAGACAUUUGAUUGGAGGGCGAGAAUGGGAAGUUUACCGCGUGUUACUUGAUGAAGUGGGCAAGUUGCGUGUGCCGAAAGGUAAAUGUGAGGAAGCUGUUUUGAAGAUGUUAAUGGGUUGGGAUAGAUCAUGAUAUUGGUUAUUAGAAAUGGGUUGUUUGGGUUUGAAUGAUUAAAAGUUGGUACAAAGUUACAAGAGAGUUAGUUGGGCUGGGGCCCAAGUCAGGGCCCAAUUGUAUAAUUGUAAAUUGAGUCCAAGUCCAAGUACAUAAUUACAAAUUACAAUAGAUGAUGAAAUGAAGUUUAUGGUUGGAGAUUCUUG